GCGACUGCAGCGGAUGUUGAUAUUUUGUUUCUGAGCCUGAAGCUGAGAGAGAUGUGAACUCUCGUCUUCGGGACAGCUCGUUUCCAAUUUUUUCCUCGCCUUUGUCCAAUUCCCCGUUGCAGGGGUUCCCAUUCUCGCUGAGCCCAGCGACAUCGCAUUUGUCCCGGCGUCCCGACCGGGAAGCGCGGUGCUCCGUCUCGGGGCAUUGCGUGCAAUGAUGGAGGACUUUGACGAGAUCUACGAGGAAGAGGAGGAGGAAGAGGAGGACGAGGACAGGGCCGCGGAGGAGCAGCUCCUCAAGUACGCUCCGGAUCCGGUGGUGGUGCGAGGCUCCGGACACGUCACGGUGUUUGGACUUAGCAACAAAUUUGAAUCAGAAUUUCCAUCAGCACUUACUGGAAAGGUCGCACCUGAGGAAUUCAAAGCAAGCAUCAACCGAGUGAACAGUUGUCUAAAGAAGACGCUGCCGGUUAACGUGCGCUGGCUCUUGUGCGGCUGCCUGUGCUGCUGCUGCACGCUCGGCUUCAGUUUGUGGCCUGUAAUUUGUCUCAGCAAGCGGACAAGAAGAUCUAUAGAGAAACUUCUAGAGUGGGAGAACAGUAGACUCUACCACAAGCUGUGUUUGCAUUGGAGAUUGAACAAAAGAAAGUGCGAAUCCAACAACAUGAUGGAAUAUGUAAUCCUAAUAGAGUUCCUACCGAAGAUCCCCAUCUUCAGACCUGACUAGCUGUUUGGAUCGUAACACCUGUCGUUGUCUGAGCUGCCGAUGAACUUCCCUCUGGAAUCACUCGGAAAAUUUUUGUUUACUGGGCAAAAUGGCCCUCAUUUUUCUGUUUUUUUUUUUGACGACUACAAUGGUCUCCUUUACAACUUUUGGUUUACAAGCCCUGCAUCCUAAUGAGUGAUUUCAGGGGAGCCGGCCAGCUCCUUUCUGUUGCGGAUAAGAUUUUUACACUAGCGCAGGAAACUGGACUCUUUCAACAGAGCUCCAACUGGAGAUUGUUUCCUGACGCGACCGCAGCGUGAACAAGGCCAUAAGAGCACCGUUAGAAGCUCGUUUGCCGUCGACCCACCAAAUACACCCCAGUGCUUUUGAAAGAAGACAAGUGGAAUCAAAGCGCCGAACGUCAAGUGUGUAGCAGGAAGCACCAGACAUCCUUAUCGUUGCCUCAUCACUUUAGCGCACACCACUGUGGAUUGCCUGAAUGCGGAUACAGCCACGCAGUCGUGAUUACACUCCGCAUUCUGGGACAACAAAUGCCCGACCCGGAGUUACCAUGGCAACAAGGAGGGAGAGUCUAUUAGUGAUGUUGUAUCAUUUCCCCCUUUUUUCACUAUUUUGGCGACAGCAACAUUGUGGACCUUUGUGACAUCACAUCACAAAUCAUGUAUUUUCUUUCUGAAAGGCAGCCUUUUGUUUUAUCUUAAGUACUCUUUUGCCAAAUGCAUCCUGGUCUUUUUUUUUUUCCUGUCGUUUGUAUGUGUGAGAUGUUUGCAGUAGUUUGGAAUCUCCAAAGUUGGAUAUGCUUAACUAUCGUAUUAGUGGAAAGACAAUUGUAAAAUAACAGUUCAACUACUCAUCCCUUUGCGAAUACCUGAUAAGCUAAGAGAAAAGUCACACGAAGAGCGAUACUGUUACCUAGUGGUGGUGGCUACAUGUUGCUGGAAUUAACGCGCUAAGAUGGAAAGACCGGUGAAUUUAUUCGAGAUCCACUUUCAGGACCAUGUACUAGUACACAUUUUGUCCUCAUUACGCAAUCAGCGUUACUAGUAAACUAUACAUGGCUCAAGUCAUAGGCAUCUGUCACAAACUAGUAGUAGUUCUCUUAACUAUAGUGCAGUGGUUCUUAACUGGUGUCCGAUUGAACCCUAGGGGUUCGGUAAGUAAGCCUCAGUGGUUUGGUGAAGAUUAAGAAACAUUUUGUAUGCUGACUAAAUCUAGGAAAAGUGGUGUUUAGGACUGGUUUGACCUCAAUUUAUAGGCUUUAUUCCAUUUCUUUCAAAUGCUAGCCCUCGGUCUAAUGGGAGGAGAAAUCAUUUGCUCAGUGGAAGGUUGACAUGCACUUGGUAUGCGGAAGUUUAACAGACCUACAGACAGCAUGAACUGCGUGGAUAAUUUAUUUUGGAAAAAAAUGGUGUAGUUUUAGGCCAUGAAAAUAGUAAGAUAUGCAAGGAUGCGACAAUAAAAUGAGAAUGUAGACAUGAAAACAAAACAAGGAACAGUGUGAAAUGAAAUGAGUUUCAUUUACUAACGUGAAAACAAUCAAAAGGCAAAAUUAUUGGUAGUAAAUUACAAAUCUGGAUGAAAUUUGAACAGGAAUUAAUUUAGAUGUUAGCUUGCUAUGUUUUGAAUUCGUAAAAAAAAUGUCUUUAUUAUGAAAUUCCGAAGGGGUUCGGUGAAUGCACCUGUGAAACUCAUGGGGUUCGGUACCUUUAGCAAGGUUAAGAACCACUGCUCUAGUGGGAUUUAUCGCCCAGGGUUAAUUGAACUACUCGGUUUGAUCAAAUAAAACCCAACUUUGGAGUUUCCACUGCUUUCGGUGUUUGGUUCUGUAUCCAGUAAAAGCACACUUUUGAUGUGGUCCUUCACAUGGCCUUCUGUUUGUUACUUUCAAACCCUGGGAGAGUUUACAACUGUGAGUGUGGCCCAAAUAAGAAAAUCUGAACGAUUUUAUUUUCAAGGGGCCGGUGAACUAAAGUAGCUACUCAAUAAGACGCUACUUGUUUUUGUUUGUAGUUUACAACUCAAGAAGUGUAGAUUCUGUCAUAAGAUGAUAGUAUUUCAUUACAUUUUGAAAAUGCCCCACGUUUAAAAUCAUCACUGUUACCAUUAAAUGUUAAAAAAGACUUGCUUAAACACAUUUUUUGACAAGGUACAACUUGUGCUUUUUAUGAGAUUUUUAACAAGGGAUGGGCAUUUGACUACAUUGCCUUUAGAAUAGCAAAAAAGUAUCUUGUAUUAAUCUGAAUGUUGUAUUUCCAAUCUUCGUGCCAGUAUUGAAUUGAGCUGCACACGGGAUCUGUCAUGAAAUCUCAUUUGUAUUGCACUUUCGGCAGCCGAGUUAAUACUGACCCAAGGGUGGUUGCGGUCAAAUUUCGCACCAAGACAAUUAAUCAACAAUUAAUUUAACUUUUUACCAACCAAGUUUUCAAUGAUGCCCAUCCCUUCUCAGAACUAAGCGGCGUGUGGAUGUGGGUCACACUCAGGGGAUUAUCAUCAACUAAAAUGUAGCACAGUCAGGGUAUUCUCUAUGGUUAUACCACAGUACUUGAAUAUUUGUUUUAUAGUGUAUUACCCCCAGCCUCCCCCUUCCAACUAUUCCACUUUAAUGAAAGAAGUAAACACUUACAACCACGUUGUGCUGUUCUAUAUGUACCACACAUUCGCUAUUUAUCACCUGGUCAAGUUAGUCUAGCUGGAAUUGAUGAAGUGGCAUACAGUGGUAUGAAAAAGUAUCUGAACCUUUUGGAAUUUUUCACAUUUCUGCAUAAAAUCACCAUCAAAUGUGAUCUGAUCUUGGUCAAAAUAUCACAUAUAAAAACAGUGCUUUAACUAAAACCACCCAAACAUUAAUAGGUUUUCAUAUUUUAAUGAGGAUAGCAUGCAAACAGUGACAGAAGGGGGGAAAUAAGUGAACCGUCUGCCUAAGGAGACUAAAUGAGCAAUUGAAACCAAUUUUUGCCUAACAUUUUAGGUCAGGUGUGUGCCAAAUCACUGAUGAGUGGUUUACAACUGCCCUGAUUACUAUAAAACACAUACCGGGUAAAAAUUGUCUUGAUGAGAAGCAUUGUCUGAUGUGCAUCAUGGCUUGGUCAUAAGAGCUGUCUGAAGACCUGCAAUCAAGGAUUUCUGAUUUGUAUAAAGCUGGGAAAUGAUAAAAAACCAUCUCUGAAAGUGUGGAUGUGCAUCAAUCCACAGUCAGAGAUGUUGUCUACAAAUGGAGAGAGUUUGGCACUGUCGCUUCUCUCCAAAGGAGUGGCCGCCCAGCAAAGAUAACGCCAAGAGUUCAGGGCAGAAUACUCAGAAAGGUAAAAAAGAACCCUCGAGUGUCUGCUAAAGACUUGCAGAAAUCACUGGCACAGUCCAAUAUUUCUGUACACACAUCACCCAUAUGUAAAACUAUGGACAAGAAUCAUGUUCAUGGGAGGACUCCACGGAGGAAGCCACUGCUGUCUAAAAAAAAACAUUGUUGCUUGUUUAAUGUUCGCAAAAAGGCUGCUGUACACUCCACAGAAGUUUUGGCAAAAUAUUUUGUGGAGUGAUGAAACCAAAGUUGAAUUGUUUGGGAGUAACACACAACGUCACGUGUGGAGGAAAAAUGAAACAGCUCACCAACACCUAAUCCCCGCCGUGAAGCAUGGUGGAUCAUGGAGCAUCAUGAUUUGGUGCUGUUUUGCUGCCUUAGGGCCUGGACAACUUGCAAUCAUUAAUGGAAGAAUAAAUUCGAAAGUUUAUCAAGAUGUUUUGCAGGAAAACCUGGGGCCAUCUGUCAGACAGUUAAAGCUAAAAAGAGGAUGGAUGCUGCAACAAGACAAUGAUCCAAAACACAGAAGUAAACCAACUUCAGAAUGGUUUCAGAAGAACAAAAUACAUGUUCCGGAGUGGCCAAGUCCAGACUUGAACCCCAUUCAAAUGCUGUGGCAUGACCUAAAGACAGAAACUCAUGCCAUACAUCCCAGGAAUCUGACUGAACUACUGCAGUUUUGUAGAGAAGAAUGGGCCAAGAUUAGUCCUCAUCGAUAUUUCAGGCUGAUCUGGAGUUACAGGAAGUGUCUGGUUAAAGUUAUUGCUGCCGGGGGCAUACAAAAUAUUAAAUGUGAUGGUUCACUUACUUAUUUCCCCCCCUUCUGUCAUUGUUUGCAUACUAUCUUCAUUAAAAUAUGAAAACCUAUAAAUGUUUGGGUGGUUUUAGUUAAAGCAGACACUGUUUUUUCAUCUGUGUGAUUUUGACAAAGAUCAGAUCAUAUUUGAUGGUGAUUAUGUGCAGAAAUGUGAGAAAUUCCAAAAGGUUCAGAUACUUUUUCAUACCACUGUAACAUUGUAAAUCACAGUGUUAUAUAUUGAAAUUUUUUCAGUUUUUGUUUUAAAAAAGAAAUCUAUAGAGAAUGCUGACAAUUUGAGCGGAUUGCAAUAUUAUUUCAGCAUUUGAAAGGAACCUCGUAACUAUAACAAAAUCUAAAAAGGGCUGUUGAUGAAACUUCUUUGUCGGCGCCUUUGUAAUUAUGCAUUCCCACAGACAGCCGAUAUGCCAGUUAAACCAGUUUUAUUUUCAGUUCAGUAUCUCCGUGGAAUUAAAAGUAAAGUCACUUUUGGUACGUAUUUGAUAUAGAAAGACGCCACUUAGAUGCAGCUGAGAUUGCAUGUUGGUGGGUCAGAGCUGGCCCUUUGACCUUGAGAUUAACGUCUGUCAUAUUGCAUUCUAAUACUGUACAUUUAGAGGACUGGACAUGAGAAGAAUGAAUCAUCAAAAUGUAAAAAUAAAUAGAUGACACUCACUUCCAGCCCAACAAGUUUUUUUAAUUCCAGUUAAAACGUGGCCUGGCUUGUAUGCCGUUACUCGGUCAUGACCUAACUAUCUAUUGGACUAGUGUUUUUGUUCUCUAUAAACAAAGGUGUGAGGCUGUAAUAUGCAGAUAUUUGUGCAGCGUGGACACACAUGAUGGUGUAGUAUGCAAUUGUUCUCUGUUGAUCUCAGACUGUGACUUUCAAACCUGCACAGACUUUUCCUAUAAUUUCGUGUGUGUGCGUGCACAUGUGUUUGGGGGGAGAAAUGUAUAUAAUGUGUGCCCCAUAUGCAGGUGUGCGUGUGUGCGUGUGUGUAUGUUAAUAAACUACCAAGAAAUUACGUCCUCCUCAUUACCUGAGUUUGAAUAGUUAUGUUUUAGAUUAGCUGAGAACUCAUUGGGAACUAACACAAUCUA